CAGUACCAAAUAAAGCAACCCUGUACUGUAGAAAAGUGUGAAGUUGGUAUUGGCGAAAGGCAACCAACUUCACUCUUUUCCGAACUGCUGAACCUCGUGAAGCAAGAAAGAAAACCUAAAGCAUUUUUAUAAAGUUUAUCUUAAUUUAUCUGGAAUAAAGGCUGAGAGUUUAAAGCAUCAGGUGUGGUACAAAUUCUACGAAAUGCUUUCUACACGGGACGAUUACGCACAACUAUUAAGCGAGGCGGGUAUCCAAUUCCCGGCUACCGCCACGUUGUCGCAGCUGAAACGUAUGGCGAUUAACAUGGUGGGAGCAUCUGACACAGUGAACAUACGCGGUGCUCCGUGUGAUUUUCUUUCACAGCAAACAAAUACAAGCGCCGACAUGGCUAGUGUGGGUGACUGUGCUGAUGAAGUGGCGAUUGUAGGUGCCCCUGCCGGAGCUGCGCAUUACGGUAAGCAAAAUGUUUAUCCAUCUGCCGAUAAAAUUAAUUCCGCCGGCAAUGAGGCCUCUGCUGAGGGUGCCGCUGCCAUCACCCCUGCCGUAGCCACUACAACCGCCAUUGCCGUUACUACUGCCGUUGCUAAUGGAGCUACCACUGCCGUUGCCGAUACUGUUGCCAGUGCCACCGCCGUUGCCGAUACUGUUGCCAGUGCCACCGCCGUUGCCGAUAUUGUUGCCAGUGCCACUGCCGUUUCCGAUACAGUUGUCAGUGCCACUGCCGUUGGCGAUACUGUUGCCAAGGCCACUGCCGUUGCCGAUGCCGUCGACGUUGCCGGUAAUGUUGCUGCCACCAAUGCCACCGCCCUUCCUGCAGUCAAAACAGCUAGCAUCGCUAACUCCACUUCUGUUGCUGUUCCCGCUACCGCAAGUAUUGACGAGGAAUUGUCUUCACUGCAUAAGAAGCUGGAAAUAAUGAUGUUAAAACAACGCAUUUUCGAAUUGGAGAAAGGCUCAGCACCACCAGUGUGUAAUGCUGGCAACAAAAACAGUUACUGUGAUGUCGAACAUGCAUUAACAAAGUUCAGUGGAGAUGACAUUGCAUACUCAGUGCGAUAUUUUUUACGAGAUUUUGAAGAAGUGAUGAACACAAUUAAUGCUGAUGAACGUUUCCGAUUUUUAUGCCUUCGGCGGUCUCUUACCGGCACUGCACGUGUGUUUUUGUCCACGACAGCCGCAUUCACAUACGAUCAGCUACGCAAGCAACUAACUGCUGAAUUCGACAGAGACGUCAGCCGGCAAGAUGUUUACAAGAUGUUAGACCAACGGCGAUGGCAGAAGAAGACCGAGUCACUCCACUGCUACAUUCUCAACAUGCAGGCCAUCGCCAAAAGAUCUGACAUAACCGAAACUGAAGUCAUCGACUUCAUAGUUGAAGGCCUAGGAGAUAAUAUCUCUAACAAAAAUCUCCUUAUGGGCGCACGCACAAUUGAAGAGUUGAAGAUGCUAGUGGCCAGAUACCAGCAGAAGUACUUACGUCGCGAGAGUGACACAAUCAAAAGGCCGGCAAAGGAAUCAAUAAGGACUACGAAGGAAGUUGCCCACUGUUUCAAUUGUUCGCAAACAGGGCAUAUAAAACCCAAUUGCCCGUACCCGCUCAGACCAAACGGUUCCUGUUUUCGCUGUUGGCAGAUGGGUCAUGAGCAUCGUUCCUGCCCCAAUCCGAAGAAAAUUCUUCGUAAAACCGACAAACGACAACAAGUCCUGGCAGUUGCAGAGGUUGAAUCCGGUGAAGACGACGAAGACGUAGGCGCUUACAAUUUUUCCCGUUAGUCUGUUACGGGAAUCUGAUAUUCCGAGAGAAUUUAUUAAAGGACACAAACAACCCAAAAUAUCAAAAUACGUUGGUGUCGGAGGGAAGAGAAUAUUGAUUAAAAAUGAAUUAAAAUGUUUUGUUAAAUUUAAAAAACGAAAUAAAAGAAGUUACAUUUCUAGUUUUGUCAAAUGAAUGUAUGCUCAUGCCAGUAGUUCUAGGAAGAGAUUUUUUGUCCAAGUUUAGGAUUCGCUUAACAAAAGUAAAGCUGAGAUAUGUUAAAGAAGAACUAAUGUGUAUUAGAGAAAAAAUGAAUUAUUUUGUACCCCAAAGAAACGCACUUGCGAACCUCAGCAGAUGCGAUCUUUUAAAAU